AUGCCAACAGCUGGAACAUCAACAACUAGAAUAUCCGCAGCUAGAACGUCAGCAGCUGGAACAUCAAUAUUUGAAACAUCAAUAGCUGGGACAUCAACAGCUGGGACAUCAACAGCUGGAACAUCAACAGCUGGAACAUCAAGAGUUGGAACAUCGGCAGCUGGACCGACAUCCGCUGUGGUCUCAACAGCUGUAAUGCCAACAGCUAGUGCACAACGACUAGAACAUCAGUGGCUGGAACUUCAGCAGCUGGAACCACAUCCGCAGGAACAUCAUCAGCUGGAACACAAGCAAAUGGAACAUGAGCAGCUGGAACAUCACCGUCUGGAAAACCAGCAGCUGGAACAUCGACAGCUGGAAGAACAACAGCUGGAACAGCAGCAGGUGGAACGAUAUCAGCUGCAACACCGGCAGCUGGAACAUCAGCAGCUGGGCAAGAGGUCAGACUACUGGUACACGUGGAACGACUUGCCGUGCUCACAGCUCAAUUAUUACGUCUGCAAGAUUAACGUCAAAACUUGCCCACAGACCUGGACAUAUGAGAAGAAAAAGUGUUACUUCGCCAGCGACUACGAGAUGACUUGGCAAGAGGCACGUGACAAGUGUCAAGGGUUCAACAUGGAGGCAGACCUCGUCAGUAUUCACUCAGAUGACGAAAACUCAUUUUUCACAGAGCUGUUGAGGCACAUGAGCGACGCCACGUGGCUGGGGCUGAAGUAUGAGGACACCAGCGCUCAGUGGGGCUGGAGCGACGGCCAGCUCAACAACUACACCAACUGGAACACGGGUGAACCCAACGCUAUGGACAAUGAGUGGUGCACAGAGAUCAUCGACUACCCUAAUGACCCCAGCCAUGGCAAGUGGAACAACUUGGCAUGUACUGAAUCCAGGGCUUUCGGCUGCGAAUUAUUCCCAACACACACGGUCGGCUGUGAAGAUGGCUGGACCAACUUCAACGGCUACUGCUACAUGUAUACUUACGGCGACUACUCAAACUACCUGAGUUACAGCGAUGCCCGGGUGGCGUGUCAGGGCCUGGGAGGGAACCUCGCCUCCAUCCACACGGCAGAAGAAGCGGACUUUAUAUAUUCUUUUCUCAGCACUUACAGUUUCUAUGAAUCCGUUUGGAUUGGCUUGUGAGAUGUUGGCCACUUUGGAGAGUACCAGUGGAGUGAUGAUACAUCUCUCACAUAUACCAAUUGGGAUCCUUCGACUCUCUUUCAUAUCAGGAAGGCCAUCAAACAGCUUUCCUGUGGUAAAGCGCCAGGAUCAGAUGCAAUCUCUGCUGAAGUGUACAAAACAGGAGACUCAGCCAUGAUGCUGGCACUGACAAAGCUCGUCCAGUCCUUGUGUAAUGAAGGGGAGGUCCCACAACAGUUAAAAGAUCCCAGCAUAGUUCAUAUGUACAAGAAGAAAGGCAACCGGCAGUCUUGCCGAGAUUUCAACUCAGAGCCUUCGUGUACAUAUAUUCACAUGUAUGCUGAAGGAAAAUGGGAACGUGAUAACUGUAACAUACUUAAUAAUUACGUCUGCAAGAAGCCUCAGGAAGCCACACCCAUCACUCUCUCCCAGACCGGCUGCUAUGAGGAUGACGGAGCGUAUAAAGCUUCCUGUUACAAGCUGUUGGACGUGAAGCUGUCGUGGAGUGAGGCCAAGUCUGCCUGUGAGUCUCAGGGAGCGAACCUUUUGGUGAUAGACGACAGGUACGAGAAUGCUUUCGUAGCUGCCUUCCUGGGAGACCUUGACAGCUGGGUCUGGACUGGUCUCUCAGGCACCGUCGGUGAAGAUGGCUCCGUCUCCUUCACUUGGGUCAAUGGCGAUCCUGUCGACUUUUCCAACUGGGACGAAUUUGAGCCAGAUGUCAGCCACGGGACGUGCGUGGUGGCUUCCGGCAAGAAGACCAACCCAGGCUUGUGAAUCGUGAGGAUCUGUGAGGAUACCUACAGCUAUAUCUGUGAGUAUGACCGCAGCGGGUACACCUCGCCUCCGGUACCUACCACAUUGUCCCCCGGCGCCUACUGCGCCUAUGGCUGGAGUCACCAAGACGACCGCUGCUAUCAGGUGUUCUCGGAGGCACUGCCGUGGGGCCGGGCGGAGGAACUGUGCGUGUCUGUCGGGGGUCACCUCGCUAGUGUCGGCAGCGCUCACGAGGAAACGAUCAUACAACAGCUGGCAGGCAUGAUUGACCUUCAGCCAACCUACCAGGCUGUGUGGGUUGGCCUUAGGCUGGGCUCCGAGUCAGGUUACGAAUGGUCGGACGGAACUGCUCUGGACUAUGUCAACUGGGCGGAGGGUCAACCGGACAGUUAUUAUAGCAGAGAGAACUGCGGCUCUGCUGAUACCACCUCCAUGAAGCUCUCUGACAGUGUCUGUGAUGCUUUCCUCCCGUUUGUCUGUGAGGCAGCUUAG